AUGGAGAGUCUGCGCUGCAAGAUCCUACAGACGGCUGUGCUGCUGGUGCUGGUUGUAUUGCAGAUCGGAGCGGAGCAUCUGGGAAGCGAAGACUGCGGGUGCGGGAGGCGAGGAUGAACGAGAUGAGACAUCAUCUGAAGAAAUUCACCAGAACAUCAAUAAACAAGCGACGAGCAAUGCACUGAAUUUUUUUAAAAAACCAA